ACUCACCAGCUUCCAACACAACUUUAGCAACGCAACCUAAUACACUUUCAACACCCCAUCCAUCAACCCGUUAAACCAUCAAGAUGCUUUCCAAGAUCUCCAUCGCUCUCCUCGCCGCCAGCGCCUCAGCCGCCGUCCUUCCCCGCGACGCAACCUGGGACUGGACAGUUGACAACUUCUCCAGCGUCUGCACUGCCGCAACCUGCUACUACUCCCUCAACGUUUCCGCACCUGCCGGCCCGAAUGGCGAGCCGUCCUUUGACGCCAAGUUCUGCUCCGGAACCAGCGUCCAGGACUACAAGUCUUGCGGCCAGGUCGGCUUAGACCUGCCCGGUGAUGUUCAAACCAAGGAGAUCAACCUCGGAAGGGAUGUUGGUGCUACUGUCCUUGUGCAGUACACAUACACGCAGGGUGAUGUGAGGUAUACCUACACUGGUAACAGGACUGUUGAGCACACCGGGUUGGGUGCUGGUGCCAUAUUCACCAUUACUCCCUCUGAGGUUUCUGCUGUCGCCUAAGCUAUAGGGCGAGUUGGAAUCCUGAGAUCCCGGAUCGGUAGAUAGACAAGCUUAUUCAUCUCGCAGUGGUGAUGAGGGAGCUUUCGGAAAGCCAAACAAAUAAUAGAAUGUUCUCUUUA